AUGGAGUCUACAAGGGUAGAGAAACCUCACGCCCUGUGUUUUCCGAUUCCCGCUCAAGGCCAUAUUAACUCCAUGAUGCACCUUGCCAAGCUUCUCCAUGCAAGAGGCUUUUACAUUACUUUUGUGAACACUGAAUUUAACCAUGACCGUCUUACUAGAUCAGGAGGAGCCAUGGAAUUGAAGUAUUUAGAGGAUUUUAAGUUGGAAUGGAUACCUGGUGGCUUCCCACCGGACGAUGGCCGUAACCGAGAUCCUGUAAGCUUUUUUGAUGCAACAAUGAAGUAUCUCUUGAGUCCUUUCAGGGAUUUGGUUUCAAAACUCAAUGAUUCCAUACAAGUCCCUCGGCUUACAUGCAUAAUUUCCGACGUUGAGUUUACGCAGAUGGUUGCAGAAGAGCUGGGGAUCUCAUGGAUUUGUUUGGUGGCGUUCCAAGAAAUGCUCUCGAGAAUGCAAUUCUAUAACAGCUGCGAAGAGUCUCAACUUUCUCCUUAUGAGAAUUUCAUGACCAACGGCGACCUAGAUGCAGUUGUGGAUUGGAUACCUGGCUUUCCAAAUAUCCGUCUAAGGGACUUACCCUCCUUCAUUAGGACAACCAAUCUUAAUGAUCCCAUGUUACAAAUGUGCGUGGUUGAAAGCCCUUUUUCUCUAAAAUCUCAGGCUAUCAUUCUCAACACAUUCGAAGAAUUAGAGAAACCUGUUCUCGAUGCCAUGAGAGAAAGAAUCCGUUGCCCAAUUUACCCAAUCGGCCCGUUUGCAAGCUUUAGCCAAAGUGAAUCCAAUGACCAUUUACAGUUGGUUUCUAUGAGUCUUUGGAAAGAGGAUGCUUGUGAAGAAUGGCUCAAUGACAAGCAACCUAAGUCGGUUGUGUAUGUGAGUUUCGGCAGUACGACAGUUUUAACACCCAGCCAACUUAAUGAGUUUGCUUGGGGUCUCGCAAAUAGCCAAAGGCCUUUCAUAUGGAUCAUUCGCGAAGAUCUCGUAAUUGAAGAAUCGGCAGCAUUAGAAAAAGCAUUUGUCAAAGCAACUAAAGAAAGAGGGCUAAUCUUGAGUUGGUGUAACCAGAUGAAAGUACUGUCACACCAUGCAAUUGGUGGCUUCCUAACUCACAAUGGGUGGAAUUCUACAAUUGAGAGCAUUUGCAAUGGCGUGCCCAUGAUAUGUUGGCCCUUCUUUGCGGAUCAACAAACAAAUUGCAGGUACGUUUGCAAGGAAUGGGGCCUUGGGAUGGAGAUAAACAAUGAUGUUAAGAGGGAGGAGGUGGAGACAUUGGUGAGAGAGUUGAUGGAAGGAGAGAAGGGUAAAGAGAUGCAGUUAAAGGCCAAGAAAUGGAAAAAGAUGUCAAAAAAUGCUGUUCAAUUUGGAGGUAGCUCUUAUAAUAACUUAGAGAGGCUUAUAAAGCAAGUGCUUCUAGAGAAACACUGA